GAGUCACGUGUGUCCUGCGAGUGUACUACGCGUGUGUGUGUUCAGUCGUCGUGGUGUUUGGAUGGGCUACUGGAGAGUUUCUGGAGGUCAAAUGACCUCCUCGUCGUGUUAGAGCCGUGCACGAGGCACCACUAGUCACCACAGGCCCUGCUCCAGACCCUGCCUCCUCACUCACACUCUGUCUUCUCUUGCGUCGUGGGAAGACGGAGUGGCAUUCGCUGCCAGCGCCACUGGUCCUCCCCUAUUUAGAGCCCACCAUCACCCCUGCAGACUUAUUCUGCAGCAAAUCUUCGUACGGUGACUGCCCUGGGAGUGGGUUGACAACCGGCAUUAGUCAGAUGUCGUCAGGGUCUGCAGACCCCACCGAGCAAGGCUCUCAGCCACAAGCUAAUGAUUACAGAGGGGGUGGGAGAGGGGAGGAGGGUGAUGUUGAGAUUGAACCAGAGAGAGACCUGAGUCCCCAGGACAUUGACCACUCUGGGGAAUGCGGCAGCGAGGAGGAGGAGGAGGAAGAGGAGGAAGAUGACGAUGAGGGGCCUCCCCCUAGACCAGGACGGAGGGUCAAGUUUCAGCAGAAGGACAGACUUGCGGUGGAGCUCCAGGAACAUGGCAUGUACCAACGAAACCCAAAUGAGAGGGCAAAGGACAUGAUCAAUGCCUACCAGAGAGAGUGUUCCACCACGAGAGUCAAACCCGUCACAAAACUCUUAGAGCAGCUAGAGCGUCUGGAUGACCUCUCUACUCCCAUUGACAACCUGGACCUGAAAGGAGUGAAACUAGACAAUGCAUCAUGUGAGGUACUGGAGACGGUUCUGAGUAGAGUCCAGACCAACACUCUGGACCUGGAGAAAACCAACCUUGAGGACGAGGGAGCGAUAGCUCUGUGUGAGAUGGUCGAGUUCUACGGCUGUGCCAGCAAGAUCAACCUGGCACAUAACCACAGACUGCGACCAAGAGCCUGGCUCACCAUUGGCAGGACUCUCAAGAAGUCACCAUUCCUGACCACAGCUAAUGUCAGUUACUGUGGUCUGGAGGAACAGACUCUAACACUACUGCUGAGGUCCGUGAGGGCCAACUGUAACCUCCAGGUACUCAAGAUGGAGGGAAACAACCUCACUGGCAAGGGAACCUUUAUCCUUAUGGCAGCGAUGAAGUUCAAUGAGAACCUGCAGGAGCUCUGGCUGGGUGCCAACCACCUGGGACCAGAGGACGGCCAACACCUCGGCUCCAUACUACGUUCCAACCACACCCUCAGAGUUCUCGACGUCCGGGAAAACAGUCUCCAGGACCAAGGAGUGAGGUAUAUCUGUGCAGGAGUGGCUGAGCAGCAAGAGGGACUGCUGGUCCUCAACAUCUCCUCCAACGGCAUCUCAUCCGACGGCAUACACCAUGUCUCUGCCAUGCUGCCGUGCACAAAGUCACUACGAGAACUCAACAUCUCAUACAACAGAUGUGGAGACAACGGGCUGUACAUGCUUAAACUGGGUCUCCUGGCCAACCGCUCGCUCGAGAAACUUAACCUUUGCCAGGUCAAGAUGACUGACGAAGGGGCAAUUGCACUGGCGGAGGUGCUGGCAGAGAACAAGCACAUCACCCAUAUGGACCUGCGGGACAACGACAUUCGCGUGGCAGGGCUCAUGGGUCUCCAGCUGGCCCACCGCAUGAACCACACACUCCUACAUCUAGACACUCCCAAGUUCUAUAAGGUGGAACAGCGAGACCGGACAUUGAUCAAGGAGCUGUUGAUGGAGGUGGAGAAGUACAGUGCCCGUAACCUGGGCGAGAGGGAGAGCAGAGCAGAGCUGGAGAGACGGCGGCAGCACGAGGCUCAGCACGCACAGCUGGUGGCCACUCAGAAGAGCCAGGAGGAGACCCAACAGUUCACUGCCGGAGGGAGCGUCGGAGGACUGGCUGCAAUGAAUGAUGAAGAGGAGGAAAAGGAGGUAGACCCUUCGUUAAUAGGCUCAUUGGACAAUGUGUACACAGAGAAACCGGGGACAAUGGCGGGGGAAGACCCUUUCAAACGAGUCCCGAUGAUGCUGGACAACGAGAAGCCUUCGAACAUGAUGGAAAUGGAGAAGACCCUCGAAGCCAUGGAGGCGUCUAUUGACCAGGAGUCGUCUCUGGAACUGGACAGUGACGACAUGUCCAGUCUCGACAUGAGGGGAGUGAUGCGACGCCCUCGUGCUCAGCAAGUCAGGGUGACCUUCGACCCCCUGAACACAGUGGCAGAGGGGGAGCACCGCGGUCUCAACCAGGUCCAGCGAACGUCGUCCGAUGGCACCGAAGACCGGAGGACGGCAGCAACUGAAGGAGGGGCUGGCAUCAUGCCUGAUCUACUCACCAGUGGACCACCGACCACACCCCCAGAUAUCCAGCUGAGCUCCCAGUUGGUUCCAGACACGACGGCCCACUCCCGGAACCCUCUGGCUACCAGUGAGGCUACAGGGGGACUGUUGGAGGGAGGAGGGAGAGGAAGUGGUCCAGUUGACCUCUUACACAACACCAGAGCUGCUGCCUCGACGAGAGGCCACCAGACGACAUCGGGAGCGGCGCAGCCUCUAGACUUGACAGACGGACUGUUCGGACUGAGGGUGGGGUCUGGGGACGGAGAGACCUAGAUGAUGGCCCUCCGGCCUAGAGAGUAGAGCUGUAUCAGGUGUCUUUCAUCACGUGUCACACGUUGUCAUCCUAUCGCUGUACACUGAGAGUCAAUAGGUUUAAUUUAAUCUCCGCAUUUUUCUAAUUCUUGCAGUGUGGUGUUCUAUGUGUGCUCUUUCUUUUGUAUUAUGUAUAACGACAUGUAUGUGUGCAUA